CUAAAAACAUUACAAAUUUGUUUGCUGAUACGCAAAGACCUCAGAUAUUUUGCGCCUUAAAACGCGUGUCUUUCGGAUUACAAAGUAAAGUUUUUCAUUUGUUUUCAAUAUCGUUCCACAUCCAAAUUUAUAAAAAAAAAAAACAAAAACAGUACCAUAAACAUUGUCGUGCAACACAAAUUUGUAUUUGGUUGAAAAAUAAAAAAGUGAGAAAAGAUCUCUUACAACAAUGUCGAUGGCGUCAAAUCUAAAUCGUCAUUAUCAUCAUCAUCCUCACAAUGGAAUCCUACAAUCGAAUUUACAUUUGCAUCAUAGUGCACCGGUUCUUUUGGGCCCCAGUUCAUCAAAACAUUGGCAUUCAGAAACGAGUGAAGUACUGCAACCAAAAACAUCAGAUCAAAUUUUUUUAGAGCGGAAUAUUUGGGCCAUUUUGACUGAUUUUAAUCCCAACGCCACAUUGGAGAAUGUCGUAGACACUCAAAAAACACUCAUAAAAUUGUUCGAAAAAAAUUAUAAUAAAAGUGCUCGUCCAACGAUCACCACAAAAACAAUUCCCACCGCCACCACAAUUAAUAUGGCGCCAAAAAAACAAUCUGAUAACGGUUCCGUUGAAUUGCAGCCACGAGCAUCGGGAAAAUCACACAAUACAAUAUCAACAAUUACCAAAGUGGCCCAACCGAAAGUUAUCAACCGUGUGAAUCAAAUUGUGAAACAUAAGGAUAAAAAUUCUCUUAAAAUACCAAGAGAGCUCAUGUCUUUGGUUGGAAGCGAUGGUUUUGUUUCCAAACCGCCCAGUGAAAAGAAACGCUCAUCGAAGGGGAUCGUUCCUUAUGAUGCUACCAAAUACGAACAAUCACCAAGACGUAGAUUGAAGAAACGAACAUUCGAAGGACACUCUGUUCGUCCAAGCCACAAUAAAUGCUCAUCACAAAUCCGGCAUAAAGAAUCAAUGGCAAAGGUUGAAGUGCAACGCACUGCCGAAUGCGCAACAUCGUUUGCCCAAACUGCCGCCGAAAAUUUCAAGCAUAACAAGGUCAAAAUUAUCCAUUAUCCAUUGGUUGAAGUCAAGAUCGAACCAAGUGAUUAAAAGCGAUCGUAAUGCAUACGUAGGUUGCAUUCUUUUGAUUUGCCGAAGAAAAAUAUGAAUAUACUGACAAAAUUUACGCCAACCGAUGUGUAUCGAACACAAAUAAAUGUAUAAUCAAUGAAAUGUGAAUU